AAGUAGAUUUCAGUGAAAACGAAACUCAGAGCCGCACUCCUCGCUCUCUGUCAGUGUGUGAAAGCAAGAAAAUGGCUGAAUCCAGUAUUUCAGUAGAUCAUUUUUUAGUGGAUCAGUUGAGCUGUCCAGUGUGUCUGGAUCUCCUGAAGGAUCCAGUGACUAUCCCGUGUGGUCACAGUUUCUGUAAGGUGUGUAUUAAUGACUGCUGGGAUCAGGAGGAUCAGAAAAUGGUCUACAGCUGCCCUCAGUGCAGACGCACGUUCACUCCAAGGCCUGUUCUACACAGAAACAACAUGCUGGCUGAAGUGGUGGAGAAACUGAAGAAGACUGAAGUCCGAGCUGCUUCUCCUGCUCACUGUUACGCUGGACCUGGAGAUGUGGAAUGUGAUUUCUGUAGCGGGAGGAAACACAAAGCCGUCAAGUCGUGUCUGAUGUGUCUGGCCUCCUUUUGUGAAACUCAUCUGAAACCUCAUUAUGAAGUUGCUGGUCUGAAGAAACACUCAUUAAUCGAAGCGUCUGGAAAUCUACAAGAGAAGAUCUGCUCUGAGCAUGAUAAAGUCCUGGAGAUCUACUGUCGUACCGACCAAAGCUUCAUCUGUUAUCUGUGUGUGACGGAUGAACACAGAAGCCACGACACCGUCUCAGUUAAAGCCUACAGAACUGAACAACAGACUGAGCUGAAGGAGGAGCAGAUGAAAUUCCAGCAGAGAAUCCAGGAGAAGCAGAAGAAGGUGCAGGAGCUGAAACAGGCUGUGAACAUUAUAAAGCUCAGUGCACAGACAGCAGUAGAUGACAGUGAGAAGAUCUUUACUGAGAUGAUCAGCUCCAUGGAAAAAAUGCGCUCGGAGGUGACGGAGCUGAUCAGAGAUCAGGAGAAGGCUGAACUGAGUGGAGCUGAACGACUCCUGGAGCAACUGGAGCAGGAGAUUUCUGAUCUUCAGAGGAGAAUCACUGAGCUGGAGCAGCUUUCACACACACACGAUCACAUCCAUUUCCUCCAGAGUUUCCAGUCUCUCAGUGUAUCUUCUGGAUGUGAGGACUCACCCAGCAUCACUGUCCAUCAACAUCUCUCAUUUGAUAGAGUGAAAUCAGUCUCUGAUCUGAAAAGAGAUUUGAGGAACUCUACACAAACUCAGACACUUUCAAUUGUGUUUUUCUCCACAGCUGCAGCAGUUCAGAUGAUUUUACCCUCAGAACCAAUGAGCAGAGAAGAAUUUCUGAACUAUUUCUGUGAUCUGACUCUGGAUCCCCACACAGUACAUCAUUACCUCAUUCUGUCUGAGAAGAACAAAGUGGUGACACGCAGUUGGACAAAGCAGUCGUACUCUGAUCAUCCAGAGAGAUUUGACUCCUACUGUCAGGUGUUGAGUAAAGAGAGUGUGUGUGGACGCUGUUACUGGGAGGUGGAGUGGAGCAGUGAGAGUAAUGUGUACAUAUCAGUCUCAUAUAAAGAUAUCAGAAGGAAAGGACGGGGUGAUGAUCGCUGGUUUGGAGGAAACAAACAGUCCUGGAGUCUGCGUUGUUCUUCUUCUCUCUGUUUCUGUCACAACAACGUUAAAACUGAUCUCAAAGUUCCAUCAUCCUCCAGAAUAGGAGUGUAUGUUGAUCACAGUGCAGGAACUCUGUCCUUCUACAGCGUCUCUGAUACGAUGAAGCUCCUCCACAAAGUCCAAACCACAUUCACUCAACCUCUAUACGCUGGAUUCUGGAUACGUUUUAACGGAGAUACUGUGAGAUUAUGUGAUCCGAAUGAAAAGAUUAAUAAUCUGAGUUUCAGUUAAAACGAGCAACUUUACUUUUUUUUAAACUUAAUUCACAUUUUGAUUUAAAUUUUUUAGAAAUCCUGUUCCUUUGUGUCUGGCAAAGUGCACAUCACCCUCAUCCAGUUUCAAGCUUCAGACCCUGAUUAAUAAACAAAUCACCAAUCUUACAUAUGAUUUACUCAGUGGUGGGCCGUCAUGGACAGCAAGGUUUUCUCUGCUGCCAUAAACUCUCACAGAAUCACAGAAUAUCUAUUAAAUUAAUCCAAAUA